AUGACCUCUGUGUAUUCAUCAACUCUCUCUUCGGACAAUUUUGGAUUAGAAUUCUGGGCUUUGGGAGGCGAUGAUGAAGGGGUGCAGGAUGCAAUUAAUGCUGGCGCAAAUAUUAACGCGACUGACGCGUCUGGACGUACGGCGCUCAUGUGUGCAGUAGCUGGGAAGCAUUGGAGCAAUAUUUCCUUCGCUCAUGAUGAAUCGUUCAUGACUUCCUCUCGACUAAAGGUAGUUGAUAUUUUGCUCAGACGACCUGAGGUCUCUCUAUCCACUUUGAACGCGCCUCAGAACGCGUUCAACGAUGCAACACCUCUCGGUAUGGCGGCCUGGCUCAACAUGCCCGAAGCAGUUCGUGUUCUGCUGAGGAGCAGUCUGGACUGUGUAGCGGUAGAUGGAACUGACAUGCAUGGUUCAACGCCGUUAAUGUAUGCAGCUCGUGACGGUCACGUCGACAUUGUCAAGUCAUUGCUUCAGCAUGGCGCAAGACCAGAUUUACGCGCUCUCAACCAUCGAAGUGCCAUACAAUACGCAAUUUCUCAUCCUCAAGUAUUGUAUUUGUGUGAAACCAUGCUGCGCCAACAUCGCCUACACGAGUGGAAGUUUACAAACAAAACCGGAUCACCUACGGAUUCUGAUGACCUGUUCGAACGAGCUGCUUCUUCACUUGCCUUUAUUCGAACAUUCGAUGAUCUUGCACAACCUCUUGAAGCAAGUUCCCACAGUAAAACAACUGACACUAUCCUACAAUGUCUGCGCUCCAACCCCCAGGGAUUGUGCUCCACACUCUUUCCUGCACAUACGACGCAAAGUUCUUUCUUCCCCCCACUCGUGAAUAACAGAGAUAGAAAUGGUUGGAGCCCUAUACAUCAUGGUGCUUCCGCUUCCGAACCAUCUGUCCGAAUGCUGGACACACUAUAUUGUGCAGGUGCCGAUGUUGCGCUCUUUACAGAGCACGAGCACUAUACGGCACUACAUUGCUUUGCUUUCUCAGAUCAUGCGACAUACGCCUUCGAUGAAUUGUACCAAUAUGUGUAUCAUCUCGUUCACGACCUCCGAGCUCCUCUUUCUGCCAGAGAUAAGCAAGGAAAUACUUGUAUCCACAUAGCAGCCGAGCACGGCUAUUCUAUUGAAGUUUUGCGGGCGUUGCUUAAAUGCGAUUCCUCAUACUUCGUUCGAGACCUUUGCAAUGCCAAAGGCCUCACCGCUUGGGAGGUUGCGAAACCUCAAUAUCGGACUGCUUUUAGUGACACAAAUCUAUCUCGACCUAGGUCCUCUCUUUCGACCAACACACUUCGGCCUGCCCAUUACUCCAUCGAGUCGUACAUGGAACCCGAGUCUAUAGCUGACAGGAAACAUGCUUCGCGCCUUCCCACUUCAAAUCAUGACAUCUUCGGCACUGCUACUCGCCUUAUCGACAACUUACGCAUAUCCUCCCCAUCGAUUCACCAUGAUUUUGAUAUUAGACACACAGAGCAUUUGGAAUCACUCGUGAUAGAGAUGGAACAACUGCAACGGACUAUUAUUGACCAUUUUCAAGUUCGUAUGCAACAAGUGUCUGACGUAUUGAAGGAAAUGGAGGACGAUGCUCAAGAGACGGCUGUCCUGCUGGAGUCGGUAGCGCAUUCGGUAGAUGCGAAGUUACAGGAACGCGGUCUUCAGCCUUGGACACGGAUCCGCAUGUCUGAAGAUUCCGAAAUUACCUGCGUCAGCGAUCGAUUUUCAAAUUCCAGAGGAUUGAAAACCAAAUCGAGUUUAUCAAUCCCAAAGUCUCUUGAAUCUACUGCGUCAAGCGCGAAUGGCUCAUCGACUGCGAGCGCGGAGAAGAAGGCGGCUCCUUCUACGACGUCCAGAUUCGUGGCAUGGAUAAAACGAAAGACUUCUGCUAAUGCCUUGGCAAAAGUAUCCAAUCCUUCGCCGACACUUCUACAGAAGGAUGCACCGAAACAAACGUUCACUGACAGGGGAGAGUCAGACCUUGAUAUGAUGCGUACCUCCAUUGAAUCUGCCUUACGGACCUCCGUUUUUCCACUACGUGCUGCCGGACGAGACCUAGAGUCAUUGCGGGAAAGCAUCGCUUCCGCCAGGAAGCUUUUACGAUCUGCUGCUCAGUCGAUCUCACGAGCCGAUCGCGUGUUAAGCAGAGCUUUGAAGACAAGAAGGGCAAUGAUUGGAACCCUACGAAAGGAGGAUGAUUUGUUCAUCCACAGUAACUCCCUCUCUAAUAAAUCCAGCCUGGCAUCGAUAGCCUCAAUAUCAACUAUCGCAUCCCAAGUAUCUGCUGGGAACACGUCGUUCAGUGGAAUACUUGCAGAAAGCGAUGAUGAAGAGACGAGAGCCAUCCGACGGCUGUUACUCAGGAAGAUAGAUGCUCGACAUAAUGGAGUAUUGGACGAGAUCGAAAAGACCAGCAGGUGGCUUCUAGUCAUCAAGGAUAUUGUUCAAGGCGUAAAACGAAGGACUUAUGUUUGA